CCAGUUGGUCAUCAUUGCGCCGCCUGACGCGGCGCAACCUGGAGAGGCCACGUCACUUCUUUCAGCCCUCCUCUUCCUAUAUAAGGGCCUCCAUCCCUCUUCUCUGCUCACUUUUCGCACUUCGCCUCCUAGAGCUUUCACCGGUCAAAUUCCUCUCUCUCGCUAUCCAGCCCUCCGAGCCAACUAAGUUUCCCCUUCCUUCUCUACUUUCCCGGUCAUGUCUUCUCUUAGCGAUAGGAUCUCUUCCUCAGAGGACUGCUCCUCUGAGUCCUCUGAGGACUCCAACUCCUCUUCUUCGACCGGGUCUUCUUCUCUUGACUCGACGCCCGGUCAGGUUCCCAACUCCUCCAUUCCCGACCCGCAUCCUGUAAAUCAGAUGCCCGGUGAAACUUUCGUGGGGAGGGAUGCCCCGGUUGAUGACGAACCGGGUCCCUAUGAUCCUGAACACGAAACCCGGGAUGCGUGGGAGGAGCGGCUUCAUGCUGCCGGUUACUUUCCACUCCCCACCUUCUACGUCCUUGACAUUCCUUCCCGUGUAUCCAAAAUCGCCUUGAACAAAAUUCGUAGGAGGCUCCCGGAUGGGUAUACCCUCCUGUAUGAGCCCAACUGGCCCAACAUUGUCGAACCCCACCGGGAGGACAAGAUAGGGUUCCACACCAUAUCCCUAGAUGCGGGCAUAGUUUUUCCCCUUCGCCCCCUCCUAACCGAAGUGUGCCACGCGUUUAGGAUUUUGCCCGGUCAAAUAACUCCCAACGCCCACCGGUACCUCCAUUCCUUUGUAAAUAUCUCUUCUCUUGCAGAUAUGGAGUUUGAGGAGUUCGCCAUCCCUGACGACCAACCAGCCGGGGAGACCGGGGGCUCUAAAGCCAAUCCUGCUAGGACUUUCCCGGUCAAUCCAGAGACCGUGGAAAUCCUGGAUGAAGAUGAGCCCCAAGACAACCGGUCUAAGGGGAAAGAAAAAGAAAAGGCCGGUCGUCGGGUGAAGAAGGUGGCCACCACGCACCCUUCUUACGCCAAGAAGAGGGCUAGGCCGGAUUCUGAGCCGACCGGUCAGACCAUCGAAGAAGCCUUCAUCAAUCUGGGGCUGAGGCUGAAGGAGGCGGGGGAGAUUGGGCCGCAUACAGCGGACCGGUUGGGGAUGAGUUCCCCUUCCGAAGUCGACCGGUUGAAGAGGGAGAAAGAAGAGAUGGCCCUCAUCUUGAAGAGCCAGGCUGACGAGCUAAUCAGGCUGUCUGGGCUAGCCGGGGCCAUGAAGACCGAGAUCUCCCAGCUGAAGGAGGAGAAUGGCCGGCUUAUGGAUGAAGCCUCUGAGGCCAAGAGGGAAGCAGCGGAGAAGGAAGAGACCUUCCCCGGGCGCGCAGUCGCCUGGGUUGAAGAGAACAAGGCCGUUGCUGCCCGGGUGAUGACGGCGACGCCGGAGACCGCGAUGGAGUCCUUCAGGCUUCUGUACCGGGAGCCUGAAGGAAGGAAAAUGAUCACCGCAAUUGGAUCCUUUGGAUUCAAGAGCGGUCAAAAGAAGGAUCGGAUCGCCUCUCACCGGGUACUGCUCAGAAGGGACCCGAGCUUCAGUGCGGCAUCCUACGGCCUGGCUCCAAUCCCGGAAGAAGAGCCUACUCCCCCCUUCCCCCUGGACUAAUCUCCCCGGCUGCGCCCGGUUGUCUUUGUAAAACUUUUAGAACAAAUUUCCCCGGGUAUGCCCGGCGUACUUGUAAACAUUUGACAUUUCCAAAU